CGAUGUUAGCGUGAACCCCGCCCCCUCCAAGGUGCCUCCCAACUAGGUAGCAACUCGACAACAACAACGGUACAUCUGCAAAACGCGAAUACACCAAACCAAGCAAACACUCUCAGCACUACAUACCAACAUGGCAUACAACUUCGUUCGAUCCUACAUAGACACGUUCCGGGAGCGAACCGCUGCUAUCAGCCACACGUCGACGUUCCGCGAGACCGGCCAGAUAACGCCAGAGGAGUUUGUCCUCGCCGGAGACUUCCUGGUCUUCAAGUUCCCCUCGUGGCAGUGGGCGGAUGCCUCAUCGCCCUCGAAGCGCGCACCGUAUCUGCCUGAAGGGAAACAGUUCCUUGUGACUCGCGGUGUCCCCUGCCAUCGCCGACUUGACGACAACUUUGCGGGAGAGGCCGGCCAGGAUGAAACAAUAGUUAGGGAUGGCUUUGCUGCUGGUGAAGGCGCGACAGACGACGAUGGCUGGCUGAGGACUGGCGGUAUGGCAGCAAGUCAAGAGGCAAAGGUUCGCGACGUACGGACAGUUGACGAGAGUGGGAACCUGGGCGCGGCUGAGGAAGAGGACGAGAUACCUGAUAUGGAGGAUGACGAAGACGACGAGGAGGCGAUCAUAAGAGAUCCCCAGGGUGGUUCCAACACCUCAGCUCCCCUACGAACAUACACACUCUACAUCUGCUACUCGGCCCAUUAUCGCACACCGCGACUAUAUCUCUCCGGUUACGGUUCCACGUCCGUACCACUCAAGCCCCAAGAGAUGAUGGAAGAUAUCGUUGGAGACUAUAAAGACAAGACAGUCACGAUCGAAGACUUUCCAUUCUUCGACCACGCUCUGAAGACCGCCUCAGUACAUCCUUGCAAACACGCCUCCGUCAUGAAAGUGCUGCUGGACCGCGCAGAUGCAGCCUUGAAACUACGACUCGCCAAGCUCAAGGCAGGCAAGGACGUCAGCAAGCUUGAUAGCGGCAUGGAGGGUCUCGUGGACGACACCAGACUGCUGAAGCUUACUGAGCACGCGAAGAGCAAAGACGGAGAUGACGGGAAAGAUGACUGGGAAGUGCUGAGCGAGGGUGGAGACGACGAGGUUGCUAUCAGGGUGGACCAGUAUCUCGUCGUUUUCCUGAAGUUCAUGGCCAGUGUCACGCCUGGUAUUGAGCACGACUUCACUAUGGGCGUUUAACCGCUGAGCAUGUCGUUGUUGUUUUUCGCGAUCAUUUCAAUCUUUUGGGCUGUGAUUUCAGACGGCGC